CCUGAAAUCUCGUCGAAGUAAAGAUUACACAUUAAUUUUCUGACUUUCUACGAUGGCCGACAAAGUUGAUCUCACAAACCGCGAUCCCAAUCACCUGAACGAUCACAUCAAGGUUCAAUUCGAAGACGUCCUCGCAGAACCGGAAGGAGCGCACUCGAUCGACUGCGUCUGGAAGCUCGCGUACACGUGCUUCUCGUGCUGGCUCGGACUCUGUUACAAGAUUUCUACGCUAUUGUGUGGCAUCUGCAUCGCCGCUGAGUGGGGCUGCGAGUUCGCCUCAGUCGCCUUCUACCAUGUCUGGUUCAUCACACCGAUGUUGAAGAUGUGCGAAUUGAACUGCGCUGUUUUCUCAAAGAUGACCCGCACUUGUCUCUCGUGCUGUAUUGAACCGUGCUGCGAGGCGUGUGGUCAAUUCUUCCACAAUUUCAAGAAAUAGAUACUGUAUUAGAAUAGUGUGCAUGUAAACUAAAUUAUUUGUUAGUUAACUUUA